GCCUGUCCGUGGGCUCGGAGACGCAGCUCAGGCCCUGCCCCCAGAAGCCCUCCCUGUCUGUCCCAGGUGUCGGAGUGGAGCUCCUCUGAGGACGAGGCCCCGCCCUUCCUGUGGAGCCCGUCGGGGUCCGUCCUGAAGCACAGCACCCCCGCGGAGGGCGCCCCCGGCUGGGGCAGGAGCCCGCGGGGGCCCCGGCCCUCCCGCCUGGGAGGGGGCCCCGGGGAUGGGUCCCCGCGGCCGGGGUGCGCCUCCUGGGGUCUGCCGGCCCCCGGCCCCCGGAAGCAGCGGCUGUCCACCAUCUGGGCCUCCGAGGAGUCCGGCCCCCCGGCGCCCGAGGGGGAGCCGCCCGCACCCACUGAGGCCACCUGCCCCCCACGGCCACAGCCACAGCGGAAGGCGGAGCCGGGAGGGCCCCCGGGGGGCUGGGUCCGGAGCCAGGGGCUGCCCGGCAUCUCCGACGACACCACCACAGCCGGGCGCAGGCGCCGGGACCCGAGGAAGCUGGCAGCGGUGACGGAGCGCGUGCGGCAGUGGGAGGCCCGCCAGCUGCAGAGCAUCGAGGAGGCCACGCAGCACAACCUCACAGUGCAGGACGAGUGACUGCCCGCCCGACCGGCGCCUGUGCCCGUCUGUCCACAAUCCCCGCCCGUCUGUCCCCCCGUCUGUCCACGGUCCCCCGUCUGUCCGCAAUCCCCGCCCCA